AUGGCUCAACCUCAGACGCCGGAAAGCUUCGCAAACGAAGAGAAGCUCGUACCGCCCGACGUGUACGUCAAGGAAAAUUACGUUCAGUCGGAGUCGCAGAUCACUCAAACGGAAAAUGACGGUCGCCAACCAGUCCCACUGUCUUGGAAACUCGCCUCCGUCGUCCUCGUCACCGCGAUUGGCUUCGGGUCGCAAUGGAGCUCUGGUGUGACCUCUUCUAUGAAGAGUACCAUCAAGAAAGAACAGUACAUCAACAACACCCAAUUCUCGCUCUUGGAGGCUAGCGAGGAUUUCAUGGUCACUACUUUGAUGCUUGUUAGUGGUAUAGUGACUGACCGAAGUGGCGGAGCCGGUAUGUCUGAAUCGAAGAAUGGGAGGGCUUAUCGCUGA